AAAACCCGCGCCCUGUUCCACACUUCAUCAUUCACCUUCAUCAGAGCACCCACCUGUGCUGGUGUCAUCUCUCCGACGAACCUCAGCGGACCAGCAGAGGAAAUCCGCGAGAAGUAGCUGUUUUUGCAUACACGCUUGCAGCAACCGUUGCACUUGUGCCCACCACAUCAGUGUCACGCUUGCAGCAACCGCUGCGCGUGUGUCCACCACAUCAGUGUUCCUUUUGCUGCUCGCCAACAAGGCUCCUUCCUAUUUUGUUGGCCGAUUCGGAUCGCCCCUUCUGAUUGAGGUGCUCUCGCUCGCACGGCAAAACAUAACAACCAGGGAGUCUGUGCGCGACAGCCUGCCGGGGGCCCGGCUCUGUCUCCCCUUCCCUCGCCACCGUCUCCAUGGGGCCGCAACAGCAGCACCAGCCCGCCCAGCACCUGCGCCCUGUCGUCGAGCCUGCCACCAUCAUGGCCUCCCCGGCAGCAGCAGCAGCACCAGCAGAACAAGGCAAGCACUGCAGCAGCAGCCGCUACAGCCUCGACGACCAGGCGCGGCUCCUCCAGCAUAAGCACCAUCGGAACCGGCUGUUUCUCAACCCUUGGAAGGAGCUGGCCCCCGAGGACUUCGUCAUCGGCUACGCGCGCGGGCUGGGAAGGGUCAGAUGCAGCUCCUGCGGUUGCAAGAUUUCGGCUGGACAGCUCCAGCUCGGAGCGUUCUACAUGCACGAGGACAGGUUCACGCUCCUCAGGUGGCACCACCAGUCGUGCGUAGACGCGCCCGAGUGCCUCACCAGUCCGAUGGACCUGUGCGGAAUAGAAGACCUGUCGCCCGAAGAUGUGGACGAGGUCUGCCGCUGGUUGGCCCACGGAAGAAGCGGGCCAGUUAAAGACAGGACGUGGACGGCGUAGUUUGACAAGAACGAACAAAAAUGAAAGAGAAGAUUCGGUACGGCACUGCUGCUGCCGCUGCAUCGUGCGCCGGCUGGUCGGCUAACUUGUGUAUAAGCACAAAGCAGCGGAGAGAGCCUGCACGAUAGCAAAGAACUGCCCGGUGAUAUGCCACCUUUUUUAUUUCUCGCUCGCUCAUGUCUUGAGGUAAGAGCAAGUGUGAAGACCGAGAGGUGUUGGUCUGGGCGGGGAUGUCGAUAGUAGAACCAAGAUACAAUAACAACGUUGAGGAUUUGGUGUGUUGAUAGAACCAGGAGAAACAAAAAAAAUCGGGUGAGAGUGUGGGUGAUGGAGUUUGCUUGUAGAUUGGAUGCUGGUGGGUGCGGUAGCAUGACAUGGCGAUGAUGUCGAUGCAUGUGGUAAAACUACCUUCUGAGAACAAGAUAUUUGAUGCAACAAUUGUUGUCACGGCCCACCCUUCAAUGUGCCUCCAACUGCUGUUCUUUGUUAGCGAUUCCUUUUUUGUCCCCCUCCUGUUUCCCUGAAUUCCCCCCCCUUCUUUGGAUGCUCAUGUUUUUGCACCCCUACGCGUGGCUGCCUCGUACAGACCACGCCUUAUAUAUAUAUGGCCGUAGCCUAGAUUUCCCUUACGUUUGAGUUGAUGUUUGUGUGCUUGAGUCUUUCCGAUGGAUGUAUUUUUUCGUACAAAGCGCGCGUGGUUGUAAUUUUGUGUCGAGUGUGCGCGAGGUAAAUCUCGGGUUCGCGAUACACAAGCGCCGCCUUUUAGUCCUUGAGUGAGUCUGUUCGAACUGUGUGUGAUUUCUUUUUUUGAGUUCACUACGGGUGUUUUUGUCCUUGCUGGCAACGGGGGCCCAGACACGGCAGGAGUCCGUCGGUGUAUCCAUCACACCGGCUGUCUCUUGUUCGCCGUUCGUGUGCGAAAGGGCCCUCCCGCUCUUGGUGGCCGCUGAAGUUUGCAUCGGUUGGGGAAGUUCCAACGGAGUAGGCAAGCUUCGGUAGUUUCGUUCCGAACGUUUUUUUUUUCGUGCCCGCCGCCGCCGCCGGGCCGGUUGUUCUCUUCGUCGGAGAAGAGAAGAGAGUAGACGUCUUCCCAGGAGAAGAGAACGGCAAGCGUCUCUGGACAUCUAUGUAUUACUUAAGUUUUCUCGGCCUUUAUUCGUUGCGGUUACGAUGGGGGGUACCUGCUUUAUUUGAGUGUUUGGCCAGAGUGUAUUCCACUCGAGCGGCCAGAGUCUUCGGGAAAGAGAAGGGUGCGGUUGAGUUGAGAAACUGUUUCUUUUGGCGGACAGCGACUGAAAAACACAGGUUUGAAGAAUGUGUUUUACACGCAGAGAGCACGGGCGCAGGCGCUGACGGCGCGUAUUAUCUGCUCCUGGGUUUUUCGUUUUACCCUCAUGUCACCCCUCGCAAUGGUCUCUGUUGUUACCGAAGUUAUAGAAAUCAGAUCAUUGGAUUAUCCCUUUUAGUCCUCCUCCCCUCGUGUCGGGUAUAGACUCUUACCGGCCGUGCGUAUUGGACUGGCCCUUUGGUGUAGUUAGAGAGAAAUAAUACUUGAGCGUGUGGUAAUUGGUAGUUUGGAUGACGCUCAUAUAGGAGGAAGCGUUUUUCUUUCCUAAGCAGUUGGGGUUCUCAUUGGAACUUGCUGCCAUUGGCGUACACGGCAACCGAUUUCUUCUUCCGAGGGAAUGGAAGCUUCUUGUACGACGACCUUACCUCUGCAAGUAGUGCUCUUGCAGCAGCUUUUGUAGGGAUUAUAUAGACAUCCGCUGGUCACCCCGACGACGAAGCCUGGGUCGCUUGUGAGACACCCCGUGGUAGGCGUUCUCGUCGCCCAUCUUGUGAACCACCGAUAUUUGACGCCUUGUCGAGUCGGGUCGAGAAAUGGGAGGUACCUUUUCCAUAGAUGUGAUACGAACAGUUCAUUGCGUUUCCGUUGUGCGUGUUAUGUACAUAUGAAUAUAUACUGAGGGCGGUUUGUAGUAACGAAUUUGGGACUUGCGGCGGCAUGCGCAAAGUCGUUCCGUUUGAGCUGUGUCGGGCAGCUGUUUAUCUCUCCCGAUGCUCUUCUCUCUUGUCUUCCCCUCGAUUCUCCCGGCUGUUUGGAGGAUGUGUGUGUAAACCUCAAGAUUGUGCAGCAAGGCUUGUGUGUGUUGCAUUUCACCUGUUGACGGAUUUCAGUUCCCGGUGAAGUUUUUUGUGUGCUCUGGAGACUGAAGUUAAGAAGUGGGUGCUUGGUUUGUGUCCCUGGGUUCGAACGGUUAUAACAUCAGUGAUUUGGUCGAGGAGCAUCCAUCUGGAAUGAUUCAGUGAAGUAUCUCUGUACAUAACACAUGAGAGGGGCUACGUCGGAUCUUGCCUGCCUGUGCUACGCCCACGGUGCGCACGGUCGUGUAUGUUGUAGAAUGUGGGGAGUGUGGCGUGUAUGUCUUCUUUGCUGGGAUGCACGUUAUUGUAUAUUUCUUCGCCAGACGGCAAGCAAGCUUUGCCACAUGACAAUUAAUCAAACAAAAUGGAUUCAGAGCCUAUUUUUGUACGGAGGAU